AUGGGAAACUCGGCGUCAAAGAGCAAUGCAUCCGCCAAAUCAGCAGCGCGUCAUUUCCCGUCUGCCAAGAGCGCGAUGCAAGAAAAGGCUGCGGCCGCGGCUGCUACUGCUGCUGCGUCAACAAAGAUGAACGCCACUGCCGCGUCGACUGCCUUCAAGGCAACAGGUGCAGGAGGUGUGGGAGGAGGUAGUUCACCGAAGCAGGAUUAUCUGGAGCAACAGCGGAGGUUGGAGGAGGAGAUUGCGCGGUAUGAUGAGGAGAUCAAGGAAUCUGGCAAACUAGGUAUGUUCAACAACCCUUCACGCAAGACUCUGCUGAAGGAGCGGAUCAAAAUCGCUGAGGCGAUUCUCAAGCGUAAACUACCUUCCAAGACACCUUCGUCGUUAUCAUCAUCAUACAGCUCAGGAUCCAACAAUACUUCAGCAACGUUCGCCCAAUCCUCAGGACUCUACGCCCAAACCUCCGCUUCAACCGCCGCAGCAGCUGCACAAUCCGGUUCAAACCUAACAUCCCUCAAACUGAUGCAACUCCUCCAACUUCGGAACCAAGAUCCCUCGAUCUGGACAGAAGAUGUGCUCGCAUACGAGUUUGGGUUGAAGAAACAGGAUCUCCGGUCGUUGACUCAGUAUAUUAACACGUACAGUAUCUUGCCAGGGAAGGAUGCUAAGGGGAGGGAGGCUGGUGUGUGGUGUGAGGAUCUGAGGGGCGUUGAGGUGUUAGAUAAGCCAAGUUCGAUUGCGGAUGCUGAGGCGGAGGCUGGGAUUGAGCAGAAGAAGGGUGUCAAGGGGCAGGGGAAGGGUAGGACUUCGUUGUUAUCGGAUUCGUUGUCGGCGGAUGAGACUGCGGCGGCAGGGAAGGGAGGGGCUAGCCAAGCAUCUUCACAUGGCGGACGAAAGUAA